UGUUCCACCACCUUCUUCUACUGUACCUCUGCAUGCCAUGCCUUGCCUUAUAUAUAACGAAACCCCAAACCAAACAGCUGGCUUUCAAAUCCAUCUUUAUCAUCUCAGAAAUCUCAGAACGAUAUCUUUAUCUGUUGUCAUCAAUUAGUCAUGUUGGGUCUUAAUCUUAUCCACAAGUUCUUGAAUCUUGUAGCUCCCCCUUUCACCUUCUUCUCCCUCUGCCUCUUCCUGCCACCCUUUUAUCUCUUCAAGUCCUUCCUCUCUGUGUUGAGCUCCAUUUUCAGUGAAAACGUCAAUGGAAAGGUGAUCCUCAUCACUGGUGCCUCCUCUGGUAUUGGAGAGCAUUUGGCUUAUGAGUAUGCAAAAAGAGGGGCACGGUUAGUUCUUGUUGGGAGGAGAGAGGACUCAUUGAGAGAAGUUGUUGAUCGAGCAAGUGACUGUGGCUCCCCAGAUGUUCUUAUGGUUGGUGCUGAUGUUUCCAAGGUUGAAGACUGCAAGAGAAUUGUUGAUGAAACAAUCAACCACUUUGGAAGGUUGGACCAUCUGGUGAAUAAUGCUGGGAUCACUUCACUUGGCAUGUUGGAAGAAGCAACUGAUAUCACUAAUUUUAGAGCCAUAAUGGACACAAACUUCUGGGGUUCAGUUUAUACGACCCGUUUUGCAAUUCCACAUCUGAGAAGCAGCAAAGGUAAAAUCGUGGUGCUUUCUUCCGCUGCUUCGUGGUUGCCUAUACCAAGGCAGAGCAUUUACAAUGCAAGUAAAGCAGCUCUGUUAAGCAUGUAUGAGACACUGAGGAUUGAGUUUGGUCCAAACAUCCAAAUCACAAUUGUAACUCCUGGCUACAUAGAGUCUGAGCUCACCCAAGGCAAAUUUUUAAUGAGUGAUGACGGCAAGAUGAUAGUGGAUCAAGACUUGAGAGAUGCUCAAGUAAGUGCGACUCCCGUUGGGUCAGUGGAAGGGUGUGCAAAAGCAAUAGUGAACAGUGUGUGCCGUGGGGACAGGUACUUGACAGAGCCAGCAUGGUUCGGGGUGACAUAUAUAUGGAAGGUGUUUUGCCCUGAGCUGCUGGAGUGGGGAUAUAGAUUGAUGUACGUGACAAGGCCCGGCUCUUCGGCCAAAGAAGCACCAAGCAAGAAGAUCUUGGAUUACACUGGAGCCAAGAACGUACUCUACCCUGAAAUCCUCCAGAGUCCAGAAGUCAAGACAGAUUGAAGUUGUCUACUUGGGUGGGGGGAUUUUGGGUUUUGUAUGUUAUGUGAAAUAGUGUGUGGUGUUUUAUGCGUGUUGGAUUGUACGAGGGAUAAAAAUGUGGUAAAUGUAGCAUUACUGGUUAAAAUUAUGUUGUGUUUUAUGUUUUUAGCCAAUAAGGGGGAUGCUUUUUGGGCCUCACAAUUGUUCUCUAUGUAUGUACAUAUUUGCCAGCAUAAGUGUAGACGCGUGUGCAUUUCAUGAUCA